CAUAAUCAGCACUCAAGGACACUCAUCCCAGCUAGUCACUCAAGCCGCCCCUCUCCCUGCACAUCUGUCGGCCUCUGAUGCGUGCCUGCGCUCCCCCACCCCGGCAGCUCCCGCCUGACGGCCCUGUCACACUCCUGAAUCUUGCUCAGCACGGGGUCAUGACUGCGUUGCUGCAGCACAUCUGCCGGCCGAUAUGGCUGCACCUGGCCCCAGCUCUCGAUGUCCGACACGAUCUUGCGUAUUGGGUAGAAGAACGGCUUGGCAAACAUGGCGUAGCGGUCGAUGGGCGGGAAGAUGAGGUGCAGCAGCACCUGGUUGAACUCAUUGGGGUAGUUGCAGCCCACCACGGCAAAUUGCUCAACCAGCUGCGGCGAAAUGGGCCGCUUGGUGUGCUGCAUGAUGGCUGUGGUGAGGCUCCUGUAGCCCUCCCGGACCAUUCGCCGCAGCAGCUUGAGGUCGUUCUUGCGCAGAGAUCGGAUAUCGUACAUCGUGUCCUGAGUGAGUGAGGCGCACACAAAAACGGCACACACCACAGACAGACACACAAACACAUCAAACACAGCCCAGCCAGCAUCUGCAGCCAUGCAUCUCGUGUGUGCGCACCUACCUUUGACAGCGCGCAGAGGUGGAACUGUGCCGUCGGGUAGGGGUAGCGCACCACCAGCACCUCGUAGGACCGGUAGUACUCAACCAGCUGCCCAUCAGGACCAUCAAGCUCCCCAUCGAUGAAUGCAGGUCGUGCACGACCAGAACCCACAGCAGUAGCAGAAGAAGCCCCUGGUCGAGAAGCUGCAGCUGCCGGCCCUCGCUUGAGCAUGGCGUCGUGAAUGAUCUCCUUGCCGCCUCGCGUGAUGUGCUGGUCGGUGAGCUUGGUGUCGCAGAAGGUGCACCUGUCCAGCGGGAGUAUGUUUGGCUUCUGGCAGGUGGGGCAGAUCUUCUUGUAGUAGAUGUUGGCGAAGUACUUGGACAGACUGCUCGAAUGCAGAUGCCGGGGCCGCGGUUGUCGGUGCAGGUUCGAGCGGCAGGACGACGGCAGGCACAUCACUGGUGGGUCAAGGGUGGAUGCAAGCCGCUCUGCUGCGUUGACGGGAGGCACCAGCCGCACCCUCAUCGCUCGCAUCUUCAGUCAGUGAUAAUCGGCGGACGUGGAAGAUGAGAUCUGCACAUCAAUUUGCCGAGAUCUAAC